GGCAUGUGCGCAGGCCCAUUGGCUCCCCUGGUGUCCUCUGGUAGUCCGAAGAGGAACGACCUGCACCUGACACCUUGUGCUUCCGGGUCAGCCUUGGUAGCGGUUGUCGGUACCCAUUCGGACUUGGUGGUUCGUUUGGAGCAUGUAAACAUAUCCUGAGCCCUUGAUGAGUUCCAGUAUGUGGUAUAUUAUGCAGAGCAUUCAGAGCAAAUAUUCUCUCUCAGAGCGCUUAAUUCGAACAAUUGCUGCUAUACGUUCUUUUCCUCAUGAUAACGUAGAGGACCUGAUCAGAGGGGGAGCCGAUGUGAAUUGUACUCAUGGCACACUGAAGCCAUUGCACUGUGCGUGCAUGGUGUCAGAUGCUGACUGUGUGGAGUUACUCUUGGAAAAAGGAGCUGAGGUAAAUGCUUUAGACGGCUACAACCGGACGGCUCUCCAUUAUGCAGCUGAGAAAGAUGAAGCCUGUGUGGAAGUCCUGUUGGAAUAUGGUGCAAACCCCAAUGCACUAGAUGGCAACAGAGAUACCCCACUUCACUGGGCAGCCUUUAAGAAUAAUGCUGAGUGUGUAAGGGCCCUUCUAGAAAGUGGUGCCUCUGUCAAUGCCUUGGAUUACAACAAUGACACACCACUCAGCUGGGCAGCCAUGAAGGGAAACCUUGAGAGUGUUAGCAUCCUCCUUGACUAUGGUGCAGAGGUCAGGGUCACCAACUUAAAGGGCCAGACACCUAUCUCCCGGUUGGUGGCUCUGUUGGUUAGGGGACUAGGAACAGAAAAAGAGGAUUCUUGCUUUGAGCUCCUCCACAGGGCCGUCGGACACUUUGAAUUACGGAAAAAUGGCACCAUGCCUGGUGAGGUAGCCAAGGACCAGCAACUUUGUGAAAAACUGACUAUGCUGUGCUCUGCCCCAGGAACCCUAAAAACAUUGUCUCGAUAUGCUGUUCGACAUAGCUUGGGACUCCAGUAUCUGCCAGAUGCAGUAAAGGGCCUGCCAUUGCCAGCAUCUUUGAAGGAAUACUUGUUACUUGUAGAGUAACUGAAGAAGAGCUUGGGCCAUCACACAACAAUUCUACAUGAGGUUUGCUUUGCAGACCUAGUUGUCCUGUUCUGUCAUGGGGAAGUGGGAUGCAGAUGUUCAUGUCUGGUGCAUAGAUUUUGAAACAACAUAUCACAGCAAUAACAUCCUUGCCACCUCCCUCUAAGCCAAACAAACAAAAAAAAAAAAUCCAGUGCUUUUUUGUUUGCAGAAAGUGUGUGUAUUGCUUACUCAGCUUUUGAUAUUUGCACCUUCUAAAGGAAAAGAUCUCCAUGUUCUCUCUCAUUUAGGAGACAUGCAGCUGGAGCCAGCUGCACAGCUGAAUUUCUUUAGGAAAAUUAAAUGUAUUUAAAGAGGGUGUGUGAUUUCCCUGCAGAAAGAUUUGGUUACUAACUCUUUAGGAGCUUUUUAAUUGGUCAUUGGAGAUAUUCAGGGAAAAAACAGACCAGUUAACAUCGUUCACAGUCUAAAGAAGAAAAUAUAACAGUUUAAAUAGUGCAAUUUUAAUAAUGACUUAACUGAAUGACAUACUAGCAUUGCCAUGUAAUUGAGGGGGAAAUUUUCCUUUGUUUCCCAUCAUAAGAAACAACAAGCUGUCCUGUUUUUUACCUGUUUGAGUGGUACAGCAGAAUUAACUUGGCUGCUCUCCAGUGUAAAGAAAAUAGUUAUCUGUAGUCCUGCGAAUGCUAGUUUCUCAAAUGUAUUUCUUUUCAGACUUUCCCCAAUUAGGUGUUCUAACAGCACCAAGAAGCCAUCUUCCCCAUCCUUUAGAUCAUUUAGUAUUUGAUUCUAGAAAGGAAAGGUAUAAGCUAGCUGCUUUCCUCCAAGCUCAAGUUCAUAGUCUCUGUAUAGAAAACUCUACUAAAUGUUUGGAAUUGUUUUUCUUUCUGUUGUUAAGUUGUGCUUUGUAUUAAUUGACAUUUUAGUCAUUUCAGGCUGUGUGUAUGUAUGUGUUGGUAGUGGGAGAUAUUAUAUGAAGAAGAACCAACUGCCUAGAAAAGUGUGGUUUGGGUCAAUAGAACUUUUUAUUUCCAUAUUCCUAAACUUUGAAUCAAGUAAUCUGAGGAAUACUUGACUAAAACAAAAAACUAUUAUGUGUGUGUGUGUGUGUGUGUGUGUGUGUGUGUGUUGAGGGGGGAAGGAAGGACCUAAGGAAAAGGGUGGGAGGAAGCUAUAUGCGAAAUAGGAAUGGGAUCUGUUUAAGUAACUUGAAAAUAAGUGAGGAGAAAGGCAGUGUGAUAUAUUGAAUAAAGAGCAGACUUUGAAUUCAGGAAGACCUGGGUUCAAAUUCUUCCAUACAUACUGGCUUUGUCACCCUGGGCAAAUCAGUUAGUACCCCAUUUACAUUAAGACUAUAUAUAAAGUACCGAACAGUUGCCAGUUGGUAUUGACCAAAAGAGUUUCCUCAUUUAAGAGAUACCUGAAAUCACAGGUCUGGUCCAAAAAAAGGUGAAUCUGAUUUUUUUUUUGUUAUUUGUGUGUUACAUUUAUUGAGGUUAUAGGGAAGAGUAGUAGUUCCAAAGGGGAGCUUCUAAAUACCUACUUUGUUUGAGUUAUUUUCUGGAUAUUCUUUUGUGUCCUUUUUUUCCCCUUAUAGGUGUAACUAACUACGAUAUCCCUGUGUCCUUCUCUGUCAUACAUUAUGGUGAUACCUAAUGUAAAUCUCUCUUCCCCUAUUUCACAUGUCACUAAGCUUGACACUACAUUAAUAAAAUCAUUUUCAGAAGGUUUGGGUAGAUAGAUGGGAAUCAUACCCACAUGGAAAAAGGAGUAGCCUUCAUUUCAUAGAAAGUAUAAUAGAGAGGCCCAUUCUCUCAUUUUACAGCUGAUGACACUAGGUGAGGUGAAAUGUCUUGCCCAAAAUUCAUACCACUUAAGUGGCUGAGUGAGGAGUAGAACCUGGGGCUCUUGACUCCAAGUCCAGCGCCUUUUCCCCUAUGGCAUGUUGUCUUUUCCCCCUCUGUUUAACAAAUGUUUUUAGCUGGCUGAGAAACUCCCACUUCACUUUAAUUUAUAACUAGUUCCAUCCAUCUUGAUUCUGAGAAAAUAGUUUUUCUUCCAUUAAAAAAAUCAUGCUUGACUAGAUUUUCAGAGUCUAAGCAUGAUAGGAAAUCCCCUGCUCUCUCUGAUUGUUUACUUACAAAUUCUUAGGCCUUCAGCAAAUGGUAUUCCUCCUAGCCUUCCUGUUUCACUUUGUUGCAUUUCUGUUCAAUAGACGUGAAGUUCUAGGCACUACCUGGUGAUGGGGCUACAAAAACAUCAGUGAAAAAUCACCUGCCUUCAGGAAAGUGAUAAGCUCAUUAUUCCGGUAUUGUGUUCUUGUUAGGGAGGUUCUACAUAAAUGUUUUAUCAUUUCAUUUCUUGGCUUAAAGUAAAGACUCAGCUUCA